AUGAAUUCCAUUUUAGUUUGGAAUUGUAGAGGAGACAAGAAGAAGAAGGCUUCUCUCUACCUUAAGGAGGUGGUGAAAGAUCACAAUGUUCUUUUUGUUGGGCUAUUGGAGACAAAAUUGGUCUCUAUUGAGCAAAAAUAUGUGGAGUCAUUGAAUGGCACUGGUUGGAAUUAUAAUUAUGUUUCGUCAACUGGUUUAUCAGGAGGCAUACUUGUACUUUGGAGGAGUAGCCUUGCUAACUUCAACAUGAUAGAGUCUUCUUCUGAAUUCAUUAUUGGCAAUUUGGAUAUCCUUAACAAGGGGAAAUGGAGGAUAGCUACAAUUUAUGGUAGCAAAGAUGUUUAUAAUAGAAGACUUCUUUGGAAUGGAUUGGAACCUCAUAUCACCAAUAAUUGGCCUAUGGUGAUUGGUGGAGACUUCAAUUGUCUUUUGGCUAAAGAAGGCAAGAAAGGUUGUAGGAGGUUUUCUUUUUCUUUGGGGACUAAGGAAAUGAAAUAUUUUAUGACUUCCAAUGACCUUCAUGAACUUAGCUUCAUUGGUCCUAGGCUAACCUGGAGCAAUAAAAAGAAAGGGUCUGAUCGGAUAAUGGAAAGACUAGAUCGUAUGGUGGUAAACUCUAUUUCUAUGAACUAUAACAAGCAAUUGAUUGUAAAGCAUCUCCCCAGAAUUGCAUCUGAUCACUAUCCCAUCCUCCUUAAUACUUCAGAUUUUUCUUCUAAAGUUAAUAAAUCUAUCAAAUUCAAGGAUGUGUGGGCUUCUUACAAAGCUUGGAGGAAAAAAGAUUCUAGAUCUCCAGCUCAAAUUCUUAAUUUCAAGUUAAAAAGGUCUCUUAAAUCCUUAUUCUAUUGGAGUAAGGCCAAGCACAAAGAUUUGAAUCAGUUGAAGGACUUGCUCAAAGAAGAAAUCCUUAUUCUACAAACUGAGGAAGUUGAAGUUGGAAUGCUUUCUGUGGAUGAUUAUUGUCUGCUGAAAUUCAAAAUUAAUGAGCUCAGCUCUACUUUGGCUCGGUUAUGCUCGUGGUGGAGACAAUGA